AUGGCGUCGGUGUCGCCUCCCAAGCCUUGGGAGAGAGCAGGUGCUGCGGCUGGCUCUGCAUUGUCCACUGCCACCACUGCCGGCACUCCGGCUACCUCAAGCGCUAUGACCUCGACCUCACCAUCCGCGGCCGGCCCCGCGCCAACGACCACCUCCAGCGCGCCCGCCCUUCCCUCUCGCCCGAGUACUCUCAGCACAACUGUCAACUCGAAUGCAGCUACAUAUUCACCCUACGGCGCCUCGCGUUUCGGGGCGACAACGCCCUAUGGAGGGUAUGGCGGCUACGGUGCCUAUUCUUCACCGUACUCCCGCUUUGGUUCAAUGGGCACCAUGGGAUCCAUGUACGGAGGGUACGGAGGCAUGGGCGGCAUGUAUGGUGGCAUGGGAGGCAUGUACGGGGGCAUGCCUGGACAGGAUCCUAAUGAUCCCAACAGCUUGACCAACUCGUUCAGUCAGAGUACUCAGGCCACUUUCCAGAUGAUUGAAAGCAUUGUGGGAGCCUUUGGCGGGUUUGCGCAGAUGCUUGAGAGCACGUAUAUGGCCACGCACAGCUCAUUCUUUGCAAUGGUCUCGGUCGCAGAGCAGUUUGGCAAUCUGCGCAACACCCUUGGCUCGGCUCUGGGAAUUUUUACCAUUAUUCGAUGGUUCCGAACGCUCAUCGCGAAAAUUACCGGCCGGCCUCCCCCCGCCGAUGCAACCUCGUUGACUCCUGCUGCCUUUGCUGCCUUUAUGGGCGGUCGAUCUACAUCGGUGACUCUUCCCGAUGGCUCGCCUGCCCCGGCGAAGCCCUCCAAGAAGCCCUUCUUCAUGUUCCUCAUUGCCGUCUUUGGUCUACCUUAUUUGAUGGGCAAGCUGAUCAAGGCGCUUGCUCGGUCGCAAGAAGAAGAGGCCAAGCGCCGACAGCAGCUGAUUGGCCCCAACGGGGAGCCCCAGAACGGCGUGAUGGACCCAGCCAAGCUGGACUUUUGCCGCGUCUUGUACGACUACUCUCCUGAGACGCAGGAGAGUAACGGCAUCGACCUGGCGGUGAAGAAGGGUGACAUUGUUGCCGUUUUGAGCAAAUCUGACCCUAUGGGCAAUGCUUCGGAGUGGUGGCGAUGCCGUGCCCGUGAUGGCCGCGUCGGAUAUCUGCCGGGUCCGUACCUGGAGACCAUCCAACGGCGCCCAGCGCAACAGGCCAUCACCACCGGCAGUGAGCCCGCCACCCGGACCAGCACCAUGAAGAGUGGCGCUGCCAACGAGCGCUCUCAGAGCCUUUCGACCUUCACUAAGCCGGUGAAUGAUCAGCCCCCGCAGCUCACGGGCAAGAUGGGUGACAUUUCCCCGGAAAGUUUCCAAAAGAGUACUUUUUACUCUUGA